AUGCAACUCACCUCCCUCCUCGGCCUCGCCGCCCUCCUCGCCACCACCGCCCUCUCCGCCCCUAUCGACCGCCGCUCCACGACACAACAAAACCCCGUCGUCCCCGACAUCGGCAGCAGCAGCACCACCGCCAUGGCCCACCGCCGAUCCCCCGCCUCCCCCCACCCCAACGCCGAGCUGACGCACUACACGCCGGGCCUGGGCGCGUGCGGUAUCACCAGCGGGCCCGGCGAGCUGGUGGCCGCCAUGCCGCACGCCCUGUUCGACGCCAAGACGCCCGCCGGGAACCCCAACAAGAACCCGCUGUGCGGGAGGAAGCUGAGGGUCCGGGGGCCCGACGGCAAGCGCGAGGUCGUCGUCACGGUGGCGGACCGCUGCCCGGCCUGCGUCGGCAACUCGCUCGACCUGAGCGAGCCCGCCUUUGCCGCGCUCGCCGACCUGGGCGUCGGCAGGAUCAAGGGCGCCUCGUGGACCAUGCUCGGGCAGGCAAGGAAUUACAACGUAACGAAAAGAAACCAUCAUGUAAGAAGCCACGCCUCAUAUAACACCCUCCUAUGUUGGACCCUGGAGUCCAUCUAA